AUGCCUUGUGAGGGUUGCGGUCUGUUGGAGGCCGCUAUGCAGUGCCCCACAUGCAAGAAACUGGACCUUCCGCCAAGCUUCUUCUGCACGCAGACAUGCUUCAAGGAGCACUGGGCUGAACAUAAGCUGAAACACACACAAACUGCAGAGGCAACAAUUCCCACCAUGACAACAGCGGCGAUGAACGCCUUCAAUUUUACUGGAGCGCUUCGUCCUGGUAAGAUAACGCCGCGCCGUGCUGUGCCAGCGCACAUUGCACGACCGGACUACGCAGAACGCGCAGACGGAGUGUCACCCUCUGAAGAGAAGGACCGCGGUAACAAGGUGAAGGCAUACAACAUUCAGAGUCUUCAUGACGACAGCAAGACGACAACGGAGAUCCAGCGGGUGAAGACGGUGUGCCGUCUCUCGCGAGAGGUACUUGAUAUUGCAACGGCAGCUGUUCGUCCAGGUGUGACGACAGAUGAGAUUGACCGCAUUGUUCACGAGGCCACAAUUGAGCGUAACAUGUACCCGUCGCCGCUAAAUUACUACAACUUCCCCAAAUCUGUCUGUACUUCGGUGAACGAGGUGAUUUGUCACGGCAUCCCCGACUCGCGCGAGUUGGUGGAUGGUGAUAUCGUAAAUCUCGACGUGUCGAGUUAUUUCGACGGGUUUCACGGCGAUUUGAACGAGACCAUAUUUGUGGGAAAACCUGACGCCGAUAGCAUGCGUGUCGUGCAUGCGGCAUAUGAGUGCCUGCGCGCUGGUAUCGCUGUUGUCAAGCCAGAUGCACUCUACAAACAGGUAGGUGAUGCUAUUGAGGCCUGCGCCAAUCAGUACAAUUGCUCUGUUGUGCGCACGUACACUGGCCAUGGGGUUGGACACCUUUUCCACACUUCCCCAACCGUGUGCCACUACGCAAAUAACAAGAGCCUUGGGAUGAUGAGGCCUGGUCACGUGUUCACGAUUGAGCCCAUGAUCAACUUGGGCACCUGGCAGGAUGUGACAUGGCCAGAUAAGUGGACGAGCACAACGAGGGACGGAAAGAGGAGCGCUCAGUUUGAACACACAAUGGUCGUCACGAAUGAUGGAGUGGAGCUCUUCACUGACUGGGUGGACGGUGUUCCUACAUACCAGAAGCAGCUGCGGAACUGGGGCAUUCCUCUGCCAGCUCCUAGCAGUGACGCGUCACAUUAA